AAGCGGCUGAACUUGGGACUUCCCGUACGGACCCAGAGACCCGAUCAGAGCAGACGGACGGAGUCAAGACUGUUGGCGGGACUUUCUGUGGAACCACACGAGUGAAGCUAUCCCAUCAUGCCUUUCAAGGCCCCCCAGGCGCCGAAGUGCCCGAAAUGCGGCAAGUCUGUUUACCAGGCGGAGGAGCGGCUGGCAGCGGGGAGGAGCUUCCACAACACCUGCUUCAAGUGCUCCAUGUGUAACAAGAUGUUGGACUCUACCACUGUCGCGGAGAGGGAGGACAGCCUGUUCUGUAAGACCUGUUACGGCAAGAAGUUCGGGCCCAAGGGCGUGGGGUUCGGCCAGGGCGCAGGCGCGCUAGGGAUGGACUCGGGCGAGAGGUUCGGCAACAAGCCCACCGAGAGCACGGCGCCCAUGACCGGCGCGGCCUACCUGAAUGUCGGCAAGUCCUCGGAGCCCGCCAAACCCUCCAAAUAUGGCAGCACGGCCGAGAAGUGCCCUCGCUGCGGGGGGUCCGUCUACCCAGCCGAGAAGGUCAUCGGCGCCGGAAAGUCCUGGCACAAGGUGUGCUUCAAGUGUUCCGCGUGCAACAAGGCGCUGGACUCUACCAACGUGUGCGACAGGGAGGGGGAGAUCUACUGCAAAGCCUGCUAUGCCCGAGGGUUCGGGCCGAGCGGCCUGCGUGCCGGACAGGGAGCCGGCGUGCGCACGGAGACCAAGGCACCCUCCACCUCCGUCUUCUAAACACGGGCACACCAUUGGCCCAGACCGCCGUGACGCAGCAUCACACAGACACGCCAUUGGACGGCGCCUGGAGACCGUUAGCCAAUGACAAGCUGACAUCAGUCUUUGGCCAAAUAUGGAAUACUUAGAACGACAGGCCAGGGUUGGCUGCCGCUUUAUUCCCACGGUUAUCAAAUAUCAUGUAGUAUAGAGAACAGAGCUAUAAUUAUUGUACUAUAUUGUUGCAACUGCAGAGUUACUUAUUAGAUAACUAGCAGAGGUAUUUUAUAAUACGUAAAAGAUAUACGAGAAAAGUAAACGUUGUGAAACGUUGUAGGAACAUAUGGCGAUUCGUCGUGUCAGUAAGGGCUGGGGUAGAGGUGAAGCUUCAAACAUUUACGGCUUAGCCUCAGUAGCAGGCUUAUAGAACUGGGGGUUUGGUGGUCUUCGGCUGUUUUCUGAUUAGCCUCCGUAGCAGGCUUAUAGAACUGGGGGUUUGGUGGUCUUCGGCUGUUUUCUGAUUAGCCCAGUUCUAAAAAAACAGUGGUUAUUCAACCAGCCCUGCUAUGUUGUCUAUAUGCAAUCAGAAAAUAGCACAUAAAAGCUCCCAAAGACCAUGAACUUCCUGAAGACCCCCAAAACCCCCAGUUUUUGGCAUGCUAUGGAGGUUAUACGGCGCAAGUAUCUACGGUGGGUCAUACCGAUGAUAUAAGAGCUCUUGCUACGAUUAGGUGACUCGGUGGAAGGAGCUUGUGUUAAGAUAAGUUUUAAGGCGCAUCUUGUAUGACAUAUCUUUAAGGCGUUGCUGAAAUAAAAUACGUUGCACUUC